AAAAAAACAAAAAAAACUCCAGCCCUAGCCCUAAUCUCGAUUGUAUAAAUGGCUCCUAUCCUCUCCCUGAGCUUCGUUGUCGACAAGCUUUUCUUCGCUUUCGAUCUUCUUUUCGUUCUAUUUUCAAGGGAGUUGGAGAGACCAGUUUGUUAGCAGAUUUGCACGUUGUCAAAGUGGAGGGUGUUAAGUUUGAAGCUUCUUUUAUGUCUGUAGCCACUUCUUCCUUUUUGGGAUCGGUUGGGUUGCUAGGGGAGUACUGUCCUACGUCUAGAAAAAAGUCUAAACGUCCCCACACGGGUCCUGCCUGUACUCGGCUGCAUGCAGCCACACCUAUUUCUUCUCAAUUCUAUAUAUCUUUGGGGUUGCACUUUCAUGCCCCCAUUCUCCAUUCCAAGAGAAGAAACAACCCUUCAGUAGUCAGACAAAUUUGUCCCUCGUCUCAACUGAACAACCUUGGUAACUUGCCUCUUAGUUGUCCUCCUUCGUCACUUCUGUAACUGAAUUAACUUACCUACGAGCAAAAAUGGCGCUCCAAAAUAUUGGUGCGGCGAACCGUGAUGAUGCCUUCUAUAGGUAUAAAAUGCCUAGGAUGAUAACUAAAAUAGAGGGUCGAGGGAAUGGCAUAAAGACUAAUGUGGUGAAUAUGGUGGAAAUCGCAAAGGCCCUUGCUAGGCCGGCAUCCUACACAACCAAGUACUUUGGAUGUGAGCUUGGGGCUCAGUCCAAAUUCGAUGAUAAGACUGGGGUUUCUCUUGUCAAUGGAGCCCAUGACACCGCCAAGCUUGCAGGCCUCCUUGAGAACUUCAUCAAGAAGUACGUGCAGUGCUAUGGAUGCGGUAACCCAGAGACUGAGAUUGUGAUCAUGAAGACCCAGAUGAUCAACCUCAAGUGCGCUGCCUGUGGGUUUGUAUCUGAGGUGGACAUGAGGGACAAGCUCACAACCUUCAUCGUGAAGAAUCCACCAGAGCAAAAGAAGAGUUCAAAGGACAAGAAGGCCCUGAGGAGGGCUGAGAAGGAGCGGCUCAAGGAAGGUGAGGCAGCAGACGAGGAGCUAAGGAAGGCAAAGAAAGAGGUCAAGAAGAAGGCAUCGGCCACCACACCGAAGGACUCAAUUACCAAGAAAUCAUCCUCCUCAAGGAGGAAGGCAUCGGCAUCCGAUGAGGAGAAGGCAUCCCCAGUGGGAAGCCAGGCUGACGAGAAUGAGGAUGUGGGUGAUGGAGAGAGUGAUGAUGAUGGUGUCCAGUGGCAUACUGACACUUCCCUCGAGGCUGCACGCCUGCGCAUCCAGGAGCAGCUCAGUGCUGUUACUGCUGAGAUGGUCAUUCUCAAUACCACAAGCGAGCCGGAGUCCAAACCCAAGAAACCUGAACCUACCAAAACCGUAACGGAGAACAAAUUGAGCAAGAAAGAAGAGGUGCCCACCCAAAAUGGAGGAGCUAUUAAAAAACAAUCACAAGAUGAGGAAGAUGGAGAAGAGCAAGAAGAAGAAGCCACCACUGAGACCCUAAAAUUUGAGAUUAAGGGUUGGUUGAAGAAGGGGUGCACCCCGGGGCAGCUCCCUGCCCUGCUUGGUUCACUAUCAGGCUCGCAGCAGGAGGUUAUGGAUGCGCUAUUUCGGGCUCUUUUUGAGAAUGCUGGGAAGGGCUUCGCAAAGGAAGUUGCUAAAAAGAAGGGGUAUUUGGCAGCAGCUGUGGGCUCAGACGGGAGCAGGCAGGCCCUCUUGCUGAGGGCAAUCGGAGGGUUUUGCAAGGGGGCAAGUGCUGUUGUGGUGAAGGAAGUGGGUUUGGCUUUGAAGGCGUUGUAUGAUGCAGAUGUGUUGGAGGAGGAUUACAUAUUCCAGUGGUUCAAAGAGGGGGCUUCGGGUUCGACAAAGGGUGAUCAGAUUUGGAAGAUUGUUAAGCCUUUUGUCGAGUGGCUUCAGAGUGCUGAGUCUGAGACCGAGGAUAAGGAAUAGACAGUUUCUCUGUCUCUGUCUCUCUCUCUCUCUAUAUAUAUAUAUACACUGGUAUCUCUUAGCAUUAAUGAUGAGGAUGUGGCUUUGGAGUGCCCAAACCUAGGCUGAGUCUGAGACCAAAGAUGAGUAGCUUCUCUUUUCUACAGCCUCUUAGCAUUAAGUAACAAAAAGUAUGUGAUGCGAGUUUAGAGAGGUUUAAGAAGUGUAGUUAGUUUGUGUGAUGGUUGCUGUUGGGCCAGUGGAAGUUGCGAGGUGUUUGGAUUUGAUGCUGGAGUCUGAAUUGAUUUGUGUGUGCCUUCUAUGUGCUGGAUCUCUUGGUUUGCUGCAAUAUAUGUGAGUGAACGGUUUUUCUUUGGAUGAGUGUAUAUUAGUGUGUGAAGGGUGUUAUUUUGAGGAGUUUAUUUAAGGUA